CUUCUUGUGCUGUAAAACGGAAUAAAGAAAAAGUUUCUGAUCGAAAAUUUUGUGAUGUUUCAGAUUCUGCGUCAGCGAGUAAAAAACGCGAAAAGAUAUCAAAUUUCUCAUCAAAAUCGAUUUUAAAUUACGGUACGCGGUACGGAAUAGGAAUCUGCACGGUGCAAUAGUGAAUUUGUCAGUGUCGAAGAUGUGGUCAUUUUUUUCACGGGACUCAACUAAAGAUUUUCCGUAUGAAAUCGGAGAACCUGUCCAGCAGUUUGAUUCCCGAAGCAUCUGGUCACUGCACCGGGGCAAACGAAAAGGGGGCACCAGUGAGGAAGUGUCAGUAUUUGUGUACGAUAUCAAAAACGGUACAGAUGUGAAGUUAGAACUGGCCAGAGCGGCUGUUAAAAGACUGAAAACACUACGCCAUCCUAGCAUCUUGCAGUUUUUGGACAGCCUGGAAACAGAUAAAGUGUUAUACGUGGCUACCGAGCAAGUGGAACCACUGGGAACGUAUUUCGAGAAGCUGGUCGGUGAAGGGUCCCAGAAGGAUUUGUCUUUGGCCUGGGGAAUAUUUCAAAUUACGCGUGCACUGUCCUUCCUCAACAAUGAUGGCAACUUGCGCCAUAACAACGUGUCCGCCUGGUCGGUGCUGGUCAAUGCCAGCGGAGAAUGGAAACUGGGUGGACUCGAAUAUGUCUCAUCGACCGAGGCUUCCAUGGCACCACCAAUCAAAAUACCGCCAGCACUGGAAAUCUACGACCCUCCGGAAAAGAAUGACCCCGGCAAACUGAAAGCGAUCACCAAAUGCUCCACCGACAUGUGGGGCCUCGGGUGCUUGGUAUGGGAGUCGUUCAAUGGACCACUCCGGACUCGCAGCAAUCUCAAAGAGUUGGCUGGUAUUCCGAAAUCGUUAACCCCGUUGUAUUGUGAACUGGUCGGUGCUUCCCCCGCCAACCGGCCGAACCCGGCGGAUGUGAUAACCAAGUGCCGCAAGCCAGGGGGAUUUUUCAAAAAUGAUCUAGUCGAUACACUACUCUUCCUAGAGGAGAUUCAGAUUAAGGACAAGGCAGAAAAGAAUAGGUUCUUCAGUGGACUCACGUCACAACUGGACAAUUUCCCUGAUAAUGUGUGCAAGAAUAAAAUUCUACCCCAACUCAUAACGGCCUACGAAUAUGGUGAUGCGGGUUCCGCUGUGUUGGCACCUAUGUUCAAGCUUGGGCGAUUACUGGACGAAGUCGAGUACCAGAAACGAAUUGUGCCAUGCGUUGUAAAGCUGUUUGCUUCGACGGAUCGUGUCACGCGAUCGCGUCUGCUGCAACAACUUGAGCUGUUCAUUAACCAUCUCCAGACGGGGGUGGUAAACGAACAAAUUUUUCCUCAAAUUGCUCACGGUUUUUUGGAUACCAACCCAACGAUCAGGGAACAAACCGUGAAAUCAAUUAUACACCUAGCACCAAAACUCAACUACAACAAUUUGAACGUCGAGGUACUGCGACAUUUUGCUCGGCUUCAGUCACGAGACGAUCAAGGCGGAAUUCGAACAAACACCACGGUCUGUCUGGGAAAAAUUGCACCUCACCUACAUCCACAGGUACGGCAACGUGUUCUGGUGUCAGCAUUUAUACGGGCAAUGCGCGAUCCAUUUCCUCCGGCGAGGGUAGCCGGCAUACUUGCCCUGGCCGCUACGCAGCAGUAUUUCCUAUUGAGUGAGGUCGCCAAUCGAAUCCUACCGGCCCUUUGUCCGUUGACGGCUGAUCCGGAGAAAACGGUACGUGAUCCCGCUUUCAAGACGAUACGAGGAUUCCUUGGGAAGCUGGAGAAGGUCAGUGAGGAUCCUAGUUUGCGAGAAAGCAUGGAGGCCGAUGUCCACACGGCAACGCCUUCACUGGGCAACGCGGCGGCAACAUGGGCUGGAUGGGCAGUUACCGCAGUAACCGCCAAAUUUUAUCGAAGUCAAAGUGACACGGCGCGUCCCCGACCUCCACUAACCGGUAAAAAUUUGAGUAAACCUGCUUCGCUGGAGCAACCUUCGAGCAGCAGCAUAUCAACUACUACUAGCAGUGUCACGUCGAUGACUUCUCUAGAACACGAGAGUGCCGACACAUCAGUUUCGGCUAGUGAUUAUGGACCUGAAACCUGGGACCAGGAGAACUGGGGCGAAAUGGAUACAUCACAAGAUCCCAGCAGUCCCAUGACGGGCGCCACGAACCCUCUGACAGCCAGCCUCAACAUGAUCGGCACCGUCAAUGACACUCGAGAUGGGUGGGACAAUGAGGACUGGGGAAGUCUGGAAGAAGAACCGAACGAAGUUCUGGACGAGAACGAGGAGGAUGAACUGAACCGAAUCCAGCAGAAGCAGCACAAUCAGCUGUUCUCGGCGACUACGGCGUCAACGACAAGCUCAAGUAAUGCUGCAUCCGCGUCCGCGUUAGCUGCCCCGGCCAGCUGCAACAAUGCCAAUAAUAAUUUACCGAAUCAUCACAACACCAGUAGCCCGAGUAAAAUGAUUGCACUGAAAAACAUGACCAAUAUCAUAAACAACACGACGAACAAUUCUAACUCGAACUGGAACAACGUCGGUGAUGGAUGGACCGAUGGAGAUUUUGAACCGAUUGACGAACCUAGUACAGGAAACCCAAAACUUGACGAGGCCCGCCGUAAACGUGAAGAGAAGAAAAUGCAACGCCAACGCGAACUGGAAGCGAAACGGGCCGCCCGGGGUGUUGCUGGUGCCGGUGGCCCCAGCAGCGGUCCGAUGAAGCUCGGUGCGAAAAAGAUUCAGCUUGACUGAGUAAACGAAACCGGUGGUGACGAUGAACUGGCGCAUGAAAUGUAGGUACUGAAAUCAAGCGGAAGUGGCCCGCAGAAAACCGAAUGUGAUUGAGACGAGUUGGAACACAGUUUUGCUGGUAAGUCGUACGAGUAAAUUGUAAACCCCUCUCUGUGAGGUGUUGAGUUGUAUGCGACCGAAAGAAAACCGUUUUUUGGAUGUAACAUUGUUGGAACAAUUUUAAGCUGGAAUUUUUAAUAUUUUCCACGCGUAGCGUUUGGAUGAAAGCCAAAGGUACAGGAACAGGAUUUGUGACAAGUUAAAUAUUUUCGCUCCAGUUACAGAACAUUGUCAUCAUCUUGAAUUAGCUUUAAAUAGUGAAUAAUACGAAUUUAGAGACAUUUUCAUAAGAAACAAAUUUGCCCCAAACCCAAACAUUAGCCGUCGAAAACGGCGAAAACGGGCAAAACUUGUACCUACUUCUAUGUAUAGGAUCCCUGUAGAAUGAGUCAGUAGGUAUAUUUGUUUGCAAGAGAAAAAACAACAACAACAACAAAUCGAGAGGGAACUUGGUUCAAAACCAAAGAGUAGAAGUGAUCAAACACGACCAUGGGAGAAGAGCACAGAAUGAAUUCUCUAGAUAGGCCAGAAUCUUAAUUACCGAUAGAUAGUGAGCAAUUUAUUAAAUUCAACUGCACCUUAAUAGAGUUUAAUAUCACACACUCCCACUUAUGCAAACUUCCUGUUGUAGAACAGAUUACAGAUAGGCUAUACUAGUGGAAUACGUUUUUUUUAUCGCAAAAGCGUAUUAUCUACCAUUCCAUUGGCUUAUUGGUUGAAAGAAAAAAAAAUACGUGCCCGACUUUUACGGGCACUUCGGAAUACAUUUGCUAUGUGGAAUACCUUGGGUGUCUAUUAGCUGCAAAUAAUCAGUCGUUUGUGAGUUGUUUUUUUUUUUUUUGCCGGUCCCAUUUAUCAAAAUUUGCAGGGAUGAUUCUCUUUACCGAACGAACGAGACUAGCAAAUUUAUUGGAUCUAAAUGUUUGCUUGGAAAACAGAAUGCAAGUCACAAGUCGCUCGAAAACGGACGGAACUCUUUGCGAGAUGAUUGCAUUCUAAAGGAUAACGGUUUAUAUUGAAAAAAUAUGGCAAGUGCAGUGUCUACUGUCGAUGGCUACUCCCGGAGAGAUUUAUACUUUAUGUGCUAUCCCAUCCCAAGCUCGAAGUAUUCCACAAAAUGAUUAUUGUUUUUUGGUUUUGGUCGGGCCUUCGAAGAAACCGGAUAUCGGGAGGCUUUUGUUUUUGCUAGUAUUAAACAUUAUUUAAAAUGUACAAAUGUAACACAUUUUCCAUCAAGUACGAGGUAAAAACAAUUAUAGUUUUCAACAAUGGUUUUGUAAAAAUAAAAUCAAACUCUACCACUAUUUAAAAUAGUCUUCCUCUAUAUCCUUUGAUUGUUGCUUUCAAGCUUAUUGAUAUAAGGAGAAUUAAUUGACCAGUAGCAAUAUGUUCGGAAACAUUCUUUUAGAUUCAGACUACAGUUGAAACAUAGAAUUAUCUAAAAUUGAUAUUAUUUGGAAGACUUUGAAACAUGACUAAUGAUAGAUUCGUUUGUGGUGGAUUCGGAGAGGGUGAUUUUGAGGGAAAUAUUCCACGCAAAGUUAUUAGGAAAAAUUUGAAUUUUGUUAUUGGCUGUAGAGCCAAAAUUAAAGGGAAGUAGUUUUUUGAACCGGUCGAGUGAUGGAGAACAAUUUGUGGAACCAUUUUCUGUUAUGCUAGAUUUACAAAAAUCUUUGCUUUUAUCACUGAAACUGAUGAUCAUUUUUUGAUUUUUUCAUAAGCAAUAUACCUACUUUGAAAAUAUUGUCUCGGAUUUCUAUUACCUUAUUGAUUAAAGACGCGUUUUUGAUCCUUUUUUUGUUCACUGGAUGCACCAUUUCCGUUUUUUUUUAUAAAUCGAAGCGCUGUUCAGGAAGUGCUUGUUGAGCCACGAUAAAGCAAAAAGAUGGUAAUCGAAUGGGGUCAGGUUUGGUGAGUAAGUCACGCGGUCAAGCACUUCCCUUUGAAGAUCCGUUCAAUUGGCCAUUGGCAAUGUGUGCAAGAAAUUUAACGGUUAUUUUUUUUCGUGAAUACGAUUUACUUUACUAUGGAAAAAAACAUAGAUUUUUCUACAAGCUAUCGAAAAUAUGAUCAGAAAUUUGUGAUUAAAUUUUCAACAGUGCGAGAUAACCACAAAAAACUUAAAAACAAAGUUUUCUCAAACUUUUGUAUGCAAUGAGGAAAACUCAUAACUCUUGCUUGCCUUGUUCGCAACCGGACGAAGGUUUCGAGGUAUGCAGGCACAUAUCAGUCCCGAUGUUCUACUGGACGAGUAGAAAAGGAAAACUAUGAUCAAACAUCAUUCAUUUCUUCGAGUGCGUUAGACGGAACUGGAUAUCGUGGUGAGGUUAUUCCACAAGCAUCAGGUCGUGCGCUUGUUUGGUCUUCGGACCUCAGACGCUCAGGUCGUUUGAUCAUUUGGAUCGGAUUCUGGAAUUGAAUUCUAAAACUGGAUUUUGGAAUUUUCACAUGAAAUUUUGAACCUCAAUUUAGUUUUAAAAUUUAGCUCUAGAACACGGGUUCGAAAAUUAAAACUAAGAUGGAAACCGAAUCCUAAUUCUAGAUUCUGGAGCAAGUAUCCAGAAUUCUCAUUUCAGAACAAAAAUUCAGUAUUCCUAAACAAAAUUCAAGACCUGGAUUCUAAAACAAAAUUUUUGAUCUGAACUAGAAUUUUGAAACCGGCUUCUAAACUUGAAAUUAAUUCCUGAUUCCAGAUUUUGAAUUCUUUUCCGUAAUUUAGAUUAAGCAUGCUGGAAUUGAAUUCGGAACUUUGGUUCUGGAACUAAAUUUUGGAACUGGAUUCUGUGCUUUCAAUUAGGCUCGGAAUUCAAGUUCAGUAUUGAGUUCUGAAAUUGAAUUCGGAUCCUGAAUUCUCAAAACAAGUUCAGUUCUAGAAUUCUAAAACUAAAUUAAUGAACUAAAUUCUUGAUCUGUAUUUCGAACCCGAAUUUUGCAACUGAAUUCGAAGCCAGUCCCAUGUUCCGAAUUCAGUUCCAGUCAUACUUCAAUAUAGAUGAUCCGUUACAAGUUUAGAAGCGAAACAAUAAAAGUUGUAAAACUUACACAAUCAAUCAACUAAUAUGAACGACUAUUGAUAUUCGGAGGUGUGAAAGAAGAAUGUCAGUUUGGUUCGUAUUCACGUCUGCCAGUUAUGUCUCUGACAUCACCCACCCGCCUUUUUUUGGCAGUUAUUACUAAGUAUCAAUUCGCUUGCAGAGACGUUUCGAGCAACCUAGCAAUCGCUUAUGGGCUCUCGAGUCUAAGCUUGCCUACAAUGGUAAUUUAUGCAUGCAAAGCUGUACACAAUGGUGAUUUUUAGAGAAUUUUCACUUGUAUGCUAUACACAGCUUUUCAAAAACUUGGAGUAGGUAAUGUCAGAUACAUAGCCGCGAGAUUGAUUCAGGACUGCAUUCGAAAUGUUUAUACAUAUUAACUGAUUUGAACCGUUUGGUCGUUUAAUAUUUUGUAGCCCUGAAAAGGACCAUUCGGUUUCGGAAGAUUGCGUUUGUAUUGUAGGAAUUAGAGCGACAGUUUAAGACAGCUUUCUAAAUAAGUUGUUUACGUUACUUUUGCGGUCCUGAAAAGGAUCGUUAGUGGCUUUGGAGUCCAGGAAAGGACUAUUUUAUUGAUGAUGAUUACGUUUGCGUUACAGUAAGAAGUGCGCCAGUCAAAGUCAUUUGUAAGAUUGAACCUUGACCUAGAAGAACACAAGUCGUACAAUCGUUCAUAUAAUUGAAUGAAAGAAACUAUCGAAAUAAUGUAUGGGACUCGUUUCUGGCAUUCAGAAGGGCCAAAAUAUUAAAGCACGAUAUUAAACAUUGUUCGGAACAUUUUUCUCGAACGCAGUCAAAUGCUAGCUUUAUUUGCGCUCGCUGGGAAGGCUAAAGUACAAAACGCUAAUCGAAUUAUUCUAUUUGAUUUGCACUCAACUUUUAAUUUUUACCUUUGAUUUGCAAAGAAGUAAUCUUAAUUGUUCUUUAGAUAACUUGCAGAGCCAUUAGAACAGCUGAUUUUGUGUAAUGUUCCCCAUCGUUGUCCACUUUUCGUUUUCUUUUUCUCCAAUGCAAACGACCAGCAGCUGGUUGAUGUAAUCACUCUUGUUUGAAGUGAAACACAUACAGCGAAUGUCGAACAGCUGAUAUGGUCACAGAAAAACAAGUUGGUGUUUUUCUGCGUUUAGGCUUACGGAACAGAACCUCAUAUUGACUAAAGCACCAGUUGAAUAAUGCUAUGUGUAGUUCCAUUGUCUCGAUGUAGGUGGAGGCCUGUGCACUCGAUGUGUCUCCGUUCAUGGAUUAUUAUAGACUGAAACUAGCAAACGUGUAACAGGGUCUAUUUAUAGAUUCAGUUGAUUUUGAUGACUCGUGUUUGGACCUAUGUUUUUCACUAUUUAAACAACGUGGUAUUAACAACAAUCUUCCAUUCGUUUCGUGAAAAAAUUUGUUCGAAAUCGAUUGUUAGUCGAGCUGUAUGGCAUGUUGCACCUUCCUGUUGAAACCAGUAGCCAUUGAAACCAUUUUCACGAUCAAUGGGCACCACAGAAUCAUUUAUCAUGGCUCGAUAACGAUCGCCAUUAACAGUUGUCGUUGUUCCAUCAUCGUUUUAGAAAAAAUAGGGAUCAUAUCCGCACAAACACCAUACUAAACUGUAACCUUUUGGUCGUAUAGAGUCUGUUCCUCAAUAAAUUGAGGAUCCAUCUUGGAUCCUAUACCGUUUGGGAUGUCCCGUUCUCUAUCAGCCACCAUGUACUUUAUCUUGGUAGAGUUUAUUAUCAACCCUAUUCUUGCAGUUCCUUUCUUGGAGGGCACAAAAGCCUCUUCUGGGAUGCCUUCGGCAUCUUAGAGCUUAAGCAGUGUGCAUACAAAAUUAGAUUAUUUAAAUGAAAAAAAAAACAAAAGUCUCUUCUACGGCUCUACGAUCCACGUCAAUGUCGACCGCAAAACCAAGAAGCAUUUGAGACUCAUUGGUGAUCCAUUUCUCUGCAUGCCGGAUCUUCGUAUCGCACCUUCGAGCGCUAUAUUGAACAACAAACUUGAGAGCGCGUCACCCUGCUUCAAUUCAUCUAACGACACUAAAGCAUCGGAUGUCGUACUAGUUAUCUUGACGCUUGAUUUCGAUACAUCGAGCGUCGCAAGAAUCAGUCUAAUUUGCUUUAUCGGAAAACCCUAUUCUAACAUGAUCUGCCACAAUUUGUUUCGUUCCACUGAGCCGUACGCUACGUACGUACAUUCGAAUUGGUUCAAGAUAAUGUAUGAAAUGUAAACCAAUCAUUAUAACUCAAAUAUCAAUUACAAAAUAAACAUACAUUAAUUGUUCCCUCUUUCAGUUUUCAUUUUUGAUACUUUGGAACAACAGUCGAAAAUUAUCGAUUCAAACUUGCUGGUGAUAAUCGAAAACUCAAAUGAGAACCACCACCCUCUAUUUAUGAUGUCCAUGCCUAUUCAUUCUAACUUGCUCACUACCGACAGUGAAGACCAUGAAGCAAGUAGACUACUUGGCACUUGAAACUGAGUCAAGCAAAACCUCAAGUGACUAGGAACGGUUAUUUAAUUGAUUCCAUUUUCAUCUAAUGAUAUUCGAUUGAAAUGAAGUUUUACCGCACUAAGGGAGCGUCAUGGCUGCAAAGGAAUGGUAACAAUCGCAUCAUUAGGCUUUCUUCACAGUAUAUUUCCUUGUUUACCGUUCCAGUAAUGGCUUGCUCGACCACUGCUGCAUAUUACCUGCCAAACCAAAUAUUUUUUGAAAAAAAUUGGCAUUUUCUUUCGUCGUAAAAUGCUCCUCUACGCCGAUGUGUUUUAUGACAAUAUAAAAAGACAUUCGAGAAGCUGCUUCAAAGUCUUCCAGCACAUAAGUUUCAUCGUCCAUCAUCACGCAGGAAAACUUCAAUACAAUUUGCGAGCCCUGGUUUUAGUCGUCAUAUUCUGUUUAUUAUUACCGCUCGGUACUGUUUCCACCUUGAACGACUUUAUAUCUUGCCGGUGCUUGGAAGUAUGCACGAAAGUUGGAGUACCGAAAGAUCUAGACUCUUCUGCACUAUUAGCUUCACCUUCGCGUUCUACCUGGCGGUUCCUGAAAUCCGUUUUUGUUCCGCUCCCAGCCUUUCUGGCUGUAGUCAAACGUGUAUCGAAUGAUUUAAGAACGUUAUGGACAGUACCUGCAGGAAAUCCAAGCUUUUUUGCAAGUUUUCUUACUAACAGAUCCGAAUUUUUUACACAAUUGCUUUUCGCACUUGCUAUUCUUUCGACGCCAUCUGCGAUCUAAAAAUUUGUAGUAUCACCAAAACACGAUUUUACACAAUGAAUAGAGUCUGUGAAAUAUUUCACGCGUUGUUGAAGUAUUUCCAGAAGUAUACGAAUUUAAUAAUUUGACCUGCAGAUUACGAAAAUUUCGGAGUUUCGUAUGAUUUGCGCACAGAUGAGUUCCUUGGAUAAAAGCAAAAUCAAAUAAAAUUGUUUUAAAAAACGUCAUGACAGAAAAUGGUUCUAUUGAUCAAGACUAGCCUCUGCGAUUCGACUAUUUUAAGUGGUAUGAAAACUUGGAAUCUAUCCUGUUUUUUAAACAUUUCCAAUACGUUGCAUGCAUUUAAAAAUAAACAUAGCACUGAAAGUGUGGAGAGACUGUGGGGAGUUCACAAAAAGCCGAAUCAACACCUUUUUCCACCGUCAUCAGACUAUCAUUUCUCCGGAUAUUACGUGGUACGAAAGCCAACACAAAAAAAAUUGCGGUGGCCAAUUCUGCACCGAAACGGUCCCGCAUAAUGAAGUCAUCAUCAAUCAUGAAUUAGUUACUCAUUGCCAAUCUACCAAGUAAGCCUACAGCGCGAAAAAUGCUUACUUAGGUGAACGUACGUACGAUAUUUAGACGAAAACUAGCAAACGAAGUGAGAGAUGAGAUAUAAAACAUUGCCUUUUUAUAUAAAACAAAACUAAAAUUCAAUUGAUAAAGAAAAACCAGUAUAGAAAUCUCUUUAAAAAAAAGUAAUCGAAUCGAAAAUAAAACUCUUUUUGUAAUACUUGAAUAUUUGCAUUACGUAGGCAAGUAGGAUCCUACUAACAGAGAAACAGGAGGCGUCUCGAGUUUGAAUCCCAACCAACAGAGAGAUAGAGAGAGUGACCAAACCAAACUCGGAAGACUUGACAACCAGCCGAGUAUCUUAAAAAUAAAACGAUAAACCAAAACACGGUAGAAGGUGGAGAUUUUUCUCCGCGAAGCCCUAUUUUAGCGAUACAAACUGAUGGAAGCAAAAAAGAAUCAGUAAAAAAAAAUUCCUCAAAUCAAAGUCUACAAAAAAUAAUCAAGCAAAACAUAUUUAGGGUGGUUCGCUUCGGGUUUCGAUCCAGUUGUUGUCCUGCGUGCUAGACACGGGAUUCGACUGCAUCGAGCCGUCCAAGCAAGCUGUUAUUAAUGUUCACAAUAGGCAGUUCUGAAACUCUGAACAACAACAACCAGAGAAAGAAAGAGAGCUAACAGAACAGAGAAAUUAUGUUACUAUCAGAGAAACGUGAAUUUCGCAGGCGGAAACAUGGGGAAAUUUAAUUUGAACGAGUGUUUGUUAGGGAUUGUAUUUAAGUCUACGAUUUUUUAAGAAAGAGCAAGAGGAACGAUCAUUAACAAGGGAACGAUGCAUCAUUUUUAAUGUACCUAUAUAAUAAAUGUAAAACCCGAAAAUAA